GAGCUGUCACUGGUGUUUUCAUCCCAGCAGGGCUCCAGCCUUCCCCAUCUGAGGAUUUCAGGCCUCCCCUCCGAAGGAGAUUCCUUCCAAGAUGGCAUCAGCCGGAGACCCCCACGCGGGCCCCCGGGACGCGGCAGACCAGAACUUCGACUACAUGUUCAAACUGCUCCUGAUCGGCAACAGCAGCGUGGGCAAGACGUCCUUCCUGUUCCGCUACGCCGACGACUCCUUCACCCCCGCCUUCGUCAGCACCGUGGGCAUCGACUUCAAGGUCAAGACCGUCUAUCGCCACGACAAGAGGAUCAAGCUGCAGAUCUGGGACACGGCGGGACAGGAGCGCUACCGUACGAUCACCACAGCCUACUACCGGGGAGCCAUGGGCUUCCUGCUCAUGUACGAUGUCGCCAACCAAGAGUCCUUUGCAGCCGUGCAGGACUGGGCCACGCAGAUCAAGACCUACUCCUGGGACAACGCCCAGGUCAUCCUCGUGGGGAACAAGUGUGACCUGGAGGACGAGCGUGUGGUGCCUGCCGAGGAUGGCCGGAGGCUCGCCGACGACCUUGGUUUUGAGUUCUUUGAGGCCAGCGCCAAGGAGAACGUCAACGUGAAGCAGGUGUUCGAGCGCCUGGUGGAUGUCAUCUGCGAGAAGAUGAAUGAGUCCCUGGAACCCAGCUCCAGCCCAGGCAGCAACGGGAAAGGCCCGGCCCUGGGGGAUGCCCCGCCCCCACAGCCCAGCAGCUGCAGCUGCUAGAGAUGGUCCCCAACUCCCGUCCACCCCCCUCCUGCCUUGGCAGGGACUGCAACCCAGGCAUGAGCCACAAGGGCUGUCUUCAAGCUCAGGGUGACCCCUUCCCUCCUGUCAGCUGCCCCCCACUCCCGCAUGGCUCACGUCCAGCCUGCCUGCUCAGGCAGCCCAGACCCGAGGUCACAGACCCUGGGACUCAACUUUGCAUUGGAGGCCUGGGGACAUUGGCAUGCACGAGUUCGCUGCUUUUCUAGGUGCGUUAAGGAGUGUAGCCGUGGUGGCGUGUCCCGCUGCCGUGAUGGAAGGGCAUCCUCAGUGCCUUCUGGGUUAGAACCGUUUGCCGGGUCUCAGUGCCAUCCCUGAGGCUGCCCCGUGAACCUUCUAGACUCCAAGGCGGCAUGGCGAUUUUGGCCCCCCGCAGACCUUCUCCUUGUGAAAGCAGUAUUAAAACAGCUUUUCCCAUUGCAGAAGGGACACCGGGAGUCACACCCCUCCACCCCGGUUUCAGGGACGCCAAAGUGCCUUCCAAGUGUCCCAGAAUCCACAUCACCCACGACCCUGCCACUGUUUCGCUGUAGCCACUGCAUUUCUGAUCCUGAAUUGAAUUCUGGAACUGUGGGGCCGUAUCAGGUGGGGGCAGAGACUUGCCUAACCCUGCAUUCCCGCUCGGGCUUUCUGCCAGGAGACUGGGCCCUUCCACCCAGGCCCUGUUCGGCUGGUUGCGUUUUAAGCAAGGUCUUUCUAAAUCGUACAUCCUGCUAGAAGAGGAAAUUUUGCAAUGUUGCCACCCGCGGCCUGCGCUGGCCAGCAAUUUUCCAAUGUAAGAAUGUGGGCUUUUCUGACCUGUGGACCCUUGCAAGACCUGGUGUUCGUUUCCCAAGCCGUGUCAUCGGCAGGUCCUUGGGAUGUGACUUUUUUGCUAAUGGAGGGGUCGCUUCUAGGGAGUGCUUGGGGUUGGGCGAGGAGGUGGAGUUGUGUAACCUGCUGUCGCUGCUUGUAUUUCAUGCACACAGCUUGGGAGGGGCAGGUCCUCAUGUUGACGGGGGCGUGGGCUGUGAUGAGUGUCGGGGACUUCACGAGGCUGGGCUCCCCAGCUGCCAGGGGCUCUUGCUUGGAGGUUAUGUGCAGUUUGGGGAUCUAUGCCUUGAUCCCCCAGCUUGGUGGCCCUCCUGCCCAUUAAAAUCCAAACUCUGGUGGUGCAACACCUCUAUCUGUCCCCAAGUGCCACCUGACGCCCCAUACUAUGACCGACACUGUGAAGAUGGCCGGGCAGAUGCUUCAUACCCCCGUCUCCCUAACUCUACAUCGGGGGCUGCUCCCACUCCCCCAGCCCCUGCAGCCAAAAGGACUUCCUGCAGCCUUAAACAUCUCAGCCUCCUCCUGGGGGUGUGUGUGAAGGGGAAGGCCUGAUUCAAGUUCAAGUUGAUUUCUAGGGAGCCCCGAUUGCUCUAUACCAGAGGCUGCCCUUAGAACGUCAAAGCGAGGAUAUCUUUAUAGACUAACAAAUUCAGUGACCAAGGUGUGAAAUGGAUAAAUUCUGUGAACACAGCAAGGGUAUCUGAGUAUUUGGGGGCAAGAAUCCAAAUGUUUUAGUUGCUUUAACACUAAAGUCAAAUUAUAAAAAAAAAAAAAAAAAAGACAUCUUAAGAUACAAGAUGGUCAGUCCAUUGUCUCAAAUUUGCUGCCAAAAAUGUGGUAGAUCAGAUUGCUGUGAACGGGACUGAGCCAACUUGGAAUUGCCUGUGCAAUAAAAGACGGCUUUGGCUGCAUCUUGGACUUGACAACGGCCUUCGCUUUGUGAUUACAUAAGAUCUUUCAACAGUUCAGCUUCAAGUAGCAACUGAGAGAGCUGCCUUGGGGUCCUCUCAAGACUGGGAAUCAUGUUGGGGAGAAAAAAAUUUUUUGUUCUAAAAAUAAGGCAAGUUUUAAAUUAUGAUUGUGGGGCAGAGGUUUAAAUUCAGGUUGGCGUCUGGGGGACCGAAACUGAUGUGCUCCCAUCAUCACCUUGCGGGGUUGGAGGCUUGCUGAGUUUAUAGACAGAGAUUAAACCAAAGGCCAUGGGAAAACCACUUCCCACCUCCGGGGGGUACCGAGGCAGGAAGCAGCCACCUAUCAGUGCCUUCCUUCUUAACCUUUGCUUUUAGUGUGUUGUCUUGCCAUGGGCAGUUUUGGUGGGAAAUUGCCAGGAACCCAAUGGUUUGGGAGUUCUGCUGUUUUUCUUUUCUUUCUUUCUUUCUUUUUU